GGAAGUGGAGCCUGCGGAAUCGGCGUCCGUGCAGGAAGUCGAGUCUCGGGAUUCGGUGUCCAGACGUGGUGACGCAGGAGCGCGGGAGUACGUGAGGACGCAAGCGGGUCUUAGAGAGAGUGCAGCUCUCCGUGUACCUCUCUGGGUCCCCAGUCCUCUAGCAAAGUUCCUUCUCUGAGCUCCUGAUAUCCAGCAGUCAUGCAGCGGAGAACAAGAGGAAUCAACACCGGCCUCCUUUUGCUCCUCUCUCAAAUAUUCCACAUCGGGAUCAACAACAUUCCACCUGUGACCCUCGCAACCUUGGCUGUCAAUGUCUGGUUCUUCCUGAAUCCUUGGAAGCCCCUGUACCAUUCCUGCAUCAGCGUGGAAAAGUGUUACCAGCAGAAAGACUGGCAGCGCUUACUGCUUUCUCCCCUACACCACGGAGAUGACUGGCAUUUGUAUUUCAACAUGGUGUCCAUGCUCUGGAAAGGAGUGAAGCUGGAGAAAAGGCUGGGAAGUCGAUGGUUCGCCUACAUCCUCGCCACCUUCUCCCUGCUCACGGGGGUGGUGUAUUUGGUCCUGCAGUUUGCUUUUGCCGAACUCAUGAAUCAGCCUGACUUCAAAAGGAACUGUGCCGUCGGCUUCUCAGGAGUCUUGUUUGCCUUGAAAGUUCUUAGCAACCAUUACUGCCCAGGAGGCUUUGUCAACAUUCUGGGCUUUCCUGUCCCCAACAGAUUCGCGUGUUGGGCCGAGCUGGUGGCCAUUCACUUCUGCACCCCAGGGACUUCCUUUGCUGGGCAUCUGGCUGGCAUUCUCGUUGGACUGAUGUACACACAGGGGCCUCUGAAGAAAGUCAUGGACUCAUGUGCAGGCAUUUUUGUCUCCAAUGCUGUGCCUUCAGGACAGCAGUACCACUUUAAUAAUGCAGGCCCCUCUGGUUAUCAGAAUCGCUAUGCAGAAGGCAGACCAGUGACCUAUGAAGCAACUUACAGGAACUAUGAUGUCUACACAGCAGGCCUAAGCGAGGAGGAGCAGUUGGAACGAGCAUUAAGAGCCAGCAUCUGGGACCGAGGAAAUACCAGAAACGGCCCAAUGCCGUAUGGGUUCCGGCUCCCGCCAGAAGAAGAGAUGAGGAGGCAGCGUCUUCACAGAUUUGAUGGCCAGUGAUAUGGCACCAUGCAGGGGAAGGUGUGUUCCAGCUGUGUGAUUGAAGCCCGUUCACUUUACUCCCCAAGCCCCUGAUUGGUUUUAAACAAAAGAAGAGCACACCUUUAUUGUUGCAGAUCACUCUCGCCUGCCACGAACAGGUACUCCGUGGCCCUUGUGUGCCCAGAUUGCCCAAGCCCGGCUGACACGUCUGGACACCAGGCUUGUCCCAGGAAGCCCACAGCUUUCCCAGGGUGGCCUGUGUAGCCCUGUGAUCGCUCCUAAACCAAAGGUCACCUCUUCAGUUGGGACUAGUUUCUACUUUUCUCUCCUUCCCUCCAGACUCAGUGGCACAUAUCCACACUGUGGGUUAUUUCACCAGCUGAAAAGACCGGGCCCUUAAUAGGAAGUGGGUUGUUUAUUCCACCAGGUGAGUGGGUCAGCUCUCACUCUGCCUGGCAUGCCAGGUGCCUGACUUAGCAGGAGGGGCAGUGCCACCACCCCCCUGUCCUCCCGGCAUAUUUCCAUGGUAUGGGAAGAGGAUGUGGCUACCUUCCCAGGGUGUUCCAUGCUCUUUCACGAAGGCCCCUCGGAAUACUCAGGCCACUAAGUUUGCCUGAUGUUCACAACGCCUGCCUUCUUGCAUAUGUAGGAUGUCGGACUGGAGGGGAAUAAGAAAGAUCUAAGGUGGGGGAAAGAAACCUACUCGCUCAUUAGAUAUCAUGUGGCACCAGCAAUUUGGGGUCAGAGCCACCCCUCCAAGAGAAGGAGAUGAGACUUGUUUAACUGCUCUGCAGAGCGGCAGCCGGUGCCACACACACACUUACACACAGCAAAGUGAAGGUGUUAUAUGGGGUUCUCACAGGGAAUCCCCCCUACAGCAAGUAUUUUUUUUUUGUCUUCAUAAAAGUGCCUUCUCAUUGGCCACUAUGACUGCAGUUUGUCAUAAACAAGUGUCUGAGAACUGCUCCAGGGAAAUGCUGUGUUUUAUACACAUGCGUUGUCCAAAUCACUAAUGGCAUUUCUUGUGUUCUGAGAAUAAAAAGACAAGACAGGGUGUCGCCUCACAGUCAGGGAGAGUUUAGUUCAAAGGGAGCUAGGAGCAACAAUGGUGACUCUAACUCACCCUCCGUGUCUAGUUUCCAGUGAGGACAGGUGUAGACAGGCGUUCCUGUGCACAACGCAAACACCUGGGAAAGAAUACAUCUGGUUAUGCCAAUUAGCUUCUGGGGGCAGGCAUAUAGGACCUGACUUUCUUUGUUUACAGUUUCAUAUUCUAUUUUUUAAAGUGUGUGUGUGAGCAUGUGCUGCUUUCAGAAGAUUAAUUUAUACAAUGAAUCAAGAAACAUGUAGCCAGCAAAACAAACUUAAUACUAGGUACUCUGUGUCCAUUAUACUCUGUGUCCAUUAAGAAAAUUCAUAGGCUGUGCUUGGUGGCACACUUGUCUAAUCCUAGCACUCAGAAUUGACGGUAAAGAGGAUAUGACUUCCAAGCCAACCUGGUCUACAUAUGGAGUUCCAGGCCAACCAGAAUACACACACACACACACAUACACACACACACACACACACACGUGUACACACACACAUACACACAUGUGCACAUACACAUUUAUAUAUCAAUACCCUGUCUCAAGACAGGGAGGAAGGGGGAGGGGAGAAGGGAGAAGAUGAAGGAAGGAAAGAAACUCACUGAAUAUAAAUAAAAAGUACAAGCAAUUUCUCAGCUUUAAAAGGCACUGGUGCCCAAGGCUGGCAUUUUGAGGCUAUUAACAUCUCAGUUUCCAUUCUACGCAUUUGACACACCUGGUGCCUGCCCACUGUGCAGCCCCAUGUUAAUAUGGAUCCACCUGGAAUGUCUUUAACACUUGCAUAUGAAUGGACUAAGCAAAUGUAUGGAGUCCAGCAUUCAGACAGGCUAUCCAGACAGUGGUGCCUGAGCACCUGAGUUUAAUCUGUAAUUGGUGGAAAGCCACGGCCAGUUGAUGUUAUGAAUUAUGCCCAUGAGCCGGUACCUCCAAACACAUUGAAAUUAUAAUGGUCAAGGGAAAUUAUUCCUGGCUCUGAAGCUAUACCUUCCAUACCACAAUGAGAAAUAACCUUUUCCCUACUUGCCACCUUUUGAUAGCCCCUGGAAAUUCUGCCCUAACACUCUUCUGUCACUAUUCUUAUUUGUGCAUACCUGCACCAAAUCAUGUCUGUGCGUGAUGUGGUUCUGAAUGACCCUAGAACAUAGCCUGCUGUUGACCUGCCCAACCUUCCCAGUCUCCCUCCCGCCACACUCAAAAUGCUCAGUAACUGUUAUUUUCCCACCAAAGUUAUUGUUCAGUUAUUAGAAUUCCCGCUAGCUUUGUAUAUAGAGCUUGAGUGCAAUAACAGUACCUGGUUGCUUUGCUUGACUUGUUGGACAAAGACGCUGAAAUCCCAAUUUUGGAUUGUGUAGUUAUAAUGUGCACUUUUUCUUUAUUUAUGGAGUGGAAUGUCACCAAUGUUUAUUACAGAUGUGGGAAAAAUCAUUUUAGGGAUAAGUAAAAACCACAUGUCUUCCAGAAUAAAGAUGGUCUGGAAAUUAUAAGAAUUGUGUUGUUCAAGUCAUGGGCUUGCCUGUAGCCAAGUGCUUACUGUUUUCUGGGUCUGGAAUUCUUUUCUUUGUUCGUCGUUACAUUUUUGUUUUGUGUUUGCCCCAUCCACAAUAAGGAAUUCUCAAAGUUAUGUCAACAAACUGGAAUUGGUCUAAAAAGGAGUAGCAGAAGCUAAUUGCUUCCAACAGGGAGUAAGCACCAAGAGCGAGCGGGUUUUUAAAUUCGACUCACUAGCAGUCCUCCAGCUGUCUUUCGUGUCCAGUUCCCACAGUUUGCUGUGGUCAGUCAGCCUAACAGAUCUCUUCAUUCAGAAUCCCCUCCCGGUUCUGAAGAGGCAACACAUGGAAAGCCAUCAGGGGAAGCAGUUUUGCAAAGUUGCUCCUAAAACCGCCCACUGCUGAGGCUGGCACGAAGCCCUGAAUAACUAGCCCUUGGGGUAUCUGGCAGGGGAGUUGGCUGUGAAGUGACAGGGGUAACCCCGCCACAGAGAGUGGACCUCAUUUAGGGAUCCGUGUUCAGGAAAGAAAUGCAUUCAAGUACUUGUGAGUAUACCAUUCUAUUCCUUCCCAUGGGUCACUGCAGAAAUUUUCUGACCUAAUUCCCGCUGUCCCAACAUUUUUUUUCUUCGCCAGUAUUUUAGAAUCAUAAACUCUAAGCUUGGAAGGGC